AUGUCGACAAUAACUGAUAGACAUGCUCCUCAACCUUCCGUAUUCCCAAAAAGCCAUGUUGGUUUCGAUAGUAUCACAUCACAAAUUGAGCGCAAGCUCUUGAAACGCGGUUUUCAGUUCAACGUUAUCUGUGUCGGACAAACCGGUCUUGGAAAAUCCACCCUCAUCAACACCAUUUUUGCUUCACACUUGAUCGAUUCCAAAGGCAGACUCGCCCCCGAUGAACCAGUCCGCUCUACUACCGAAAUUCAAACCGUAUCGCACAUCAUCGAGGAGAAUGGCGUAAAGCUGCGACUCAAUAUUGUUGAUACCCCAGGUUAUGGAGAUCAAGUUAACAACGAUCGAUGCUGGGAUCCAAUCGUCAAAUAUAUUAAAGACCAACACUCUGCAUACCUCCGAAAGGAACUUACAGCCCAGAGAGAAAGAUAUAUCCAAGACACCCGCAUCCACUGUUGUUUGUUCUUCAUUCAACCUUCUGGCCACGCCUUGAAGCCAAUUGAUAUUGUGGUCUUGAAGAAGCUUUCAGAUGUUGUCAAUGUCGUACCAGUUAUCGCCAAGUCGGAUUCCUUGACCUUGGAGGAACGUGCCGCUUUCAAGGAGCGUAUAAAGGAGGAGUUCGCUUUCCACAAUUUGAAGAUGUUCCCAUACGAGAAUGAUGAGUUUGAUGAGGAAGAGAAAGCAUUGAACGCACAGAUCAAGGACAUCAUCCCAUUCGCCGUUGUCGGAUCCGAAAAGGAUAUUGUUGUUGCAGGCAAAUCAGUUCGCGGACGUCAAAACAGAUGGGGUGUUAUCAACGUUGAGGAUGAGAACCACUGCGAAUUUGUCUACCUCCGAAACUUCCUGACUCGAACCCAUCUCCAAGACCUCAUCGAAACCACAUCUCAAAUCCACUACGAAACCUUCCGUGCCAAGCAAUUGUUGGCCCUCAAGGAGAGCAGUGCUGCAGGACAUGCUGGUAGCAGACCAAUCAGUCCAGCAGCUGAUAGAGAAUUGAGCAGAAAUUCCCAGAGAAUGACCAUGAACGGCUAUUAA